GGAGACGUCUCAUGUGAUCCGGUAGAGAAGCGGAGGUGGAGCUAAGCAGCGACUGGCCCCUUUUCAGUGGCGUUUCGUCUUGGAAGAAACAAGCUUCUCUUUACCCGGCGAGGAAGAGGCUCGGGGUGCUGGCUUGACAUGCAGCUGUCUGCGCAGAGCUGGGCGCCAGCUUUGCUGCUGCUGGUUCUGCGGGUCGGCGCUGCUAGGAAGGACCCGAGCCGAUCUCGCAACGUGCUACUUAUUGUAGCUGACGAUGGUGGCUUUGAGAGCGGCGUGUACAACAACACAGCCAUCAGCACCCCAAAUUUAGAUGCCUUGGCCCAGCACAGUUUGAUCUUCCGGAAUGCCUUCACCUCCGUCAGUAGCUGCUCUCCGAGCCGGGCCAGCAUCCUGACAGGCCUACCCCAGCACCAGAAUGGGAUGUAUGGGCUGCAUCAGGAUGUACAUCAUUUCAACUCCUUCGAUAGCAUUCGGAGCCUCCCCCUGCUGCUCAGCCAGGCAGGAAUUCGGACAGGAAUCAUUGGGAAGAAACACGUUGGGCCAGAGGCUGUCUAUCCCUUUGACUUUGCCUACACUGAGGAGAAUGCCUCUGUCCUGCAGGUGGGCCGGAACAUCACUCGAAUCAAGUUGCUUGUUCGGAAAUUCCUCCACAGCCAGGAUGAGAAGCCUUUUUUCCUGUACAUUGCUUUCCAUGAUCCUCACCGCUGUGGCCACUCCCAGCCCCAGUAUGGAGUUUUCUGUGAGAAAUUUGGCAAUGGGGAGACUGGAAUGGGCUGGAUCCCAGACUGGAAACCUCAGCAUUACAGCCCAGAUCAAGUGCAGGUCCCGUAUUUUGUACAGGACACACCAGCUGCUCGUGCAGAUCUGGCUGCUCAGUACACAACCGUUGGGCGCAUGGAUCAAGGGAUUGGUCUUGUCCUGGAAGAGCUGCGCAGUGCUGGCUUCCACAACAGUACGCUUGUGAUCUACACUUCAGACAACGGUAUCCCCUUUCCCAGUGGCAGAACUAACCUGUACUGGUCGGGGACAGCUGAACCCCUACUCAUCUCCUCCCCUGAGCAUCCUGCACGCUGGGGACAGGUCAGCAGUGCCUAUGCCAGCCUGCUGGACGUCACUCCCACCAUUUUGGACUGGUUCUCUGUGCCGUAUCCCAGUUACACUCUGUUUGGGAAGCGGAUGGUGCAACUCACUGGGAAGUCCCUGUUACCAGCCCUGUUGCUAGAGCCCCUGUGGGCAACUGUGUUUGCAAGUCAGAGCCUGCAUGAGGUGACCAUGUAUUAUCCCAUGCGGGCUGUGCAGCGAGGGGCCCUACGCUUUAUUCACAACCUGCAGAACCGCACACCCUUCCCCAUCGACCAAGAUUUCUAUGUUUCGCCCACAUUCCAAGACCUGCUAAACAGGACCCAGGCAGGGCAACCCACUCAUUGGAACAAGACCCUGCACAGCUACUACUACAGGGAACGCUGGGAGCUGUAUGAUCACAGCAUUGACCCUACCGAGAGCCACAACUUGGCUUCUGACCCCCGCUAUGCGCAGGCUCUUGAGGAGCUCCGAGAGCUGUUGCGGAAAUGGCAGUGGGAAACAGAUGACCCCUGGGUGUGUGUGCCUGAUGGCGUCUUGGAGGAUAAGCCUAGCCCCCAGUGUCGGCCACUCCAUAAUGAACUGUGAUUUCCCCUCCCCGCUCACUCUUUCCCUUUGUGGUGGCUGCUACUUCCUCAUUCAGAAGAGCAGCAGUAGGAAAAGAUAUAUUGCAACUCAAGUGCACUUUGCUGUAACUUGGGAAGGCUGCAGUUUGCAGAACUAAAUAUUGGUGGUGAGUUUGCAGCUGGGGGAGGAGCUGGAGUCAAAUCUAAGAGCGUGAUUGCUUCCUCUAGAAGAGGAAGUAGUGCCUAUGGCUGUUUUUUGCUUGCUCCAGAUUUAUAAACCACCUUAGCCAGCCCCCUUUCCAAAGUGUUUGCUGCCAAGGGGAAUAAUACUGUAAGUGCCUAAUGGAUUACCCAGUGGAUGCUCUGGCCAACACCACACUAGUUGUUGUACAGCAAGAACAGAAAUGGGCUGGUCCCAUCCAGGCUGUGACAAGUUUGUUCAAAAAUAGUGCCUUUGUGGGAAAAUGUAUGCAAAUGGAUUAGGCUUGGAGCCAGUACAAAAAUGUGGGAGAGUGCAUUGUUCAGUCUUCUCAGGAUUGCACACAGGGGAGUCACUUAAAAGGGCCCAAUUCCAAAAUCUUCACAUGCAUGGAAAGCUAAUGUACUUUCUAGACUGCUACAGGCCAAUGAGUGAACUGUGUCAUGUUAUAAAUGGUAAGUUUGAACAGACUUUUUAUGUGAAUCCUGCUGAAUAUCCAACAGCACUGCUAAAGCCAACCUUUGUGGAACAAAGUGGCAGACAGGCAUGAUGCUAGAUUCUCUGGGUGUGAACAGAUUACUUCGUUGAGCUAAUAUUCCUUCCCACAUUAACUGCAGCAGAAACAGUCACUCAAAUAGCUAAGGGCUCUUUCCUGAGUUUCUCCUACAGCUGGGAUUUGUCCCUUCAGCCGGGAAGCCUCCACAGACAUUUGGCUUGGAAUCAUUUUUGUGCACAGCAGUGGGUGGCACGGAACAUACAGGAAGUGUCCAACAAGAAUUUUAAUUUAAUACAGUUUCUAAAUUCAAGCAACAGAGCCAUCUCUCACCAUGCUAUUUUACAAAAUGAAAUAAAAUCCAACAUGCUUUACCUGCAUGAUUGAUUAACAAAGUGGAAGGGAACCAGGUAAGAGACAACGUGAAUGAAUAUACAAUUGUUUACAAUAUUGUAUCUACAGUCUCUGGCAUUAACACCUUGUUGUCUAUUAAUAGUCUCAGAUUCUUGAGAAGCAGGUGUUCACAGAAGGCCAGACAGCUCUGGGAUACCCAGUACACUAAAGGAGAGACCACAUGGUCACAUAUAUUUGGGGGAAGGGGACUGGAGGGCACAGGCAGAGAAAAUCAUACAGCACCCCACCCUUUAUUACCCACUUACUUAGAGGCAAGUCCCAUUGAAAUCAAUGGGGCUCAUUUUCAAAUAGGCCUAUAUAGGAUUGCACUGUAAAAACCUAGUAUCUAUACUCAGUUAAGCAAAAUCCAGAAUACACAUUUUUGGGUACAAGUCACAGAAACAACCUUGUCUAAAGUCCCAUGAAAAUCAGUGACAUAGCUUUUAACUCUGUUGAACAAUGUAUUGAUUUUCAAUGCAAUAGAAGAAUGCCUAAUACUCUGGAUUGCACUUCUAUUUCUGAAAAUGGAUUUCAGAUUUUGAUAACAUAUGGUUAUGAAGGGAACAUUCGUCCAAGGAUCGUCAAAUCCUUGCUCAAUUGCUGGUUAACAACAUUCCAGUUGCUCAAUUUUAAUAUAGAAAAGGCAAACUGCAAUGACUAUUCUCCCUUAAAUGAAAUGAAGUAGAAGAUUAUUUUGUAAGACUAAGACAAUUUUAUCUUUUUUUUAGUGUUCUCUUUCCAACACAUGCUUCAGCUCAUGGGACACUGCAACAACCCACAAACUUUCUUCCCAGGGUGUCCUGUGCCAACUGAGUUCAGCCCCUGUACUUUCAUUCAUAGUCUAUUUCUAAAUUGUGUAACGAGAUAUCCAUGGAUUGAAAGGGGGGGUGGAAUUGUUAUAGGAUAGUUGCAAGGAGAAGUCAGUCAGGAGUGGCUAAUCCCUGGAGAACAGUCUGAUGCAUGCCCCCUUCCACCAUUUUUUUACUGCCCCCAGAUACCUGAUUUUAGCAGCGGUGGCAAAAAAUGGGAAAAAUUGAACUAAAGACAACAUGGACAAACAGAUUUAAACCAUAGUCCAGUGCUCCCUGGUGGGGAUGGAGAGCUUCCCCUCCCCAGUCAUCAGAGGAAUCAUUUAAUUAGUAUGGAAGGGGCAAUAACCCCUCUUCUUCCUCAACUGAUCUGCACAGAUGCAUACGUCCUGUGUGUGUGCAUGGGAGAGUGUAGGUGGCUACACACACCAUUGACAUAUGGCCAUCGAGGGUUGGCUGUUAAGCAAAAACACGGUAGUUACCCCUGCACACUAAGCACUGCUUAUUCAUUACAUGGCCAUUGUGUUAGCCCCAACUACCCUCCCACAAAAAGUGUGACUUGGUGGGUGAAUGGAACUGGAGCUAGGCAAGAGAGGUGAAGUGAAGGGAGAAGAGAAAGAAUAAGUGUUCCGGAUUUUAAAACCAACGUUGAAUAUCCAUUUACCUGAACUCACACAUUUCACACACAACUGCAUAUGGGCCUCAGCUUAGUCACCACCACCAAACAUAGCUGGGAUGUAGUCAGAGGUGGGAGGCAAAAGGCCAAGUAAGCUUAGAAGCGUGUGUGUAUAUGUAUGAGAGAGUUCAAACCGUGUAACAAGUUAAUUGUUCACCCAGUAAACAGGUUGCUCAUUCUUCAUAGCUGGGAGAUUUAAGAACAUGCCCCAGUCCCUCAUGAGCUUAAUUCAGGAUAAACUGUAGCAUCUUCAAGUCUUUCCGAGGCCCGAGACAAACGAUGUGACUCGGGGCGCAUGCUUGCCCAUUUCCAAAGGGAUCAAUGAGGCACUUCUUCCACCCACGCCACCUUCUUCUGUUCAUCAGCGAUGGCCAUGCGGACACAGCUGAGCAAAGCAUCAUGGUCGCUCCAGGCAUCGGGGGUGAUGGUGCCGUAGAGGCAUGGCACUGUCUCCAGCUGGGCCUCCUCUUUCCGGGCAGUGUCCAAAAGUUGCUCUUCAGUUGUUCCAAGGCGCUGUAGGGCUUUCCUGAAAUGCAAAGUGUUUGGGUGCUGGAAUCAGCAACUCAGAGGCUGGGCCUUAUCUACUUAGGCUGCAAUCCUAGCCAUGUCUACUCAGAAGCCAUUGCAUUCAAUAGGGCUUACUCCCAGGCAAAUGGGGAUAGGAUUGCAGCCUUAGUCCCAUUUCAUGUAAUGCAGACUAGGAAAGGACAGAGGCCAUAAUGGGCACAGCAGGAAGAGGAGGAGGAACAAGUUUUCCCACAUUAACUGCAAGGGAGAAUUGGUGGUUACAGCAGAAAGGAUGGCCAAGACUGAACCAGAAGAUUGGAGGGGCUAUCUAAGUGGGAGAAUAAAUUACCUCCCCUGCCUCUUUUGGUGAUUGGCAUAGCUGUUGUCCAAUACUCUUGCAGGGGUAGAGUGGAAUCAUGUAAUGUUUUUUCCAGGUUGCCUUAAAUGACAGUCUCCUCUUUGGGUAAAGGUAAAGGUGUCCCCGCACUUGUAGUGCGAGUCGUCCUUGUUUCCGACUCUUAGGGCGACGUCUUGCGACGUUUACUAGGCAGACCAUAUAUAUGGGGUGGGAUUGCCAGUUCCUUCCCUGGCCACAUUUCACAGCCCAGCCACAAUGAUAGGCUGUGACUUGCUGUGUACCCUUCAAUACCUCACCAAACAUAUAACAGGCACCAUAACCAACUUUAUACACCUUGAAUCCUGGCUCAGAAAGAAAGAGGGUUGCCCUACUAUAAAGUGAGAGGAUAAGGAUUUGCCCUCUUUGGCUUCUGUUGAGUAGAAAACAGCCUCGCAUCUGGAACAGCCGCUCUUACCUGAAUUUCUUUCCAUUCUUUUCAUUGAUGGUGACCAGGAUAAUGAUGGGAUAGAUUUCCAUAGCCAGAAGUUCCUGCACACUCUCGAGGCCCAGGUCCAGCCAGCCAUGCACAUUCUAGAGGUGAUCAGGGGUGGCAUCUCUGAGCUGUGGUUCACUCUGAGGCUCUGCAGAAGCAGGAAAAAAAUGACAAAAGAUCCAAAAUGGCAGAGGUCUGGACUAUUUUGGAGCAAUUCCAAACUGGGAUCGUCUGUUAGAUCUUAAUUGGUGAUACAGCUGGGACGGCAGAGGAAAGGACAAGCAAAAGUGCUACAGAUGUCAAGAUGUGGCAGAUAGUGUGUUCUAGAGUGAGGUAAUGAUGGUGACGGGAAGUGGAGAAGGAUACCGGCAGACAACCCCUUCUCCCUGCUUCCUAUGGCUCAGCUGGACACUUGCCUCCUCCUCUGAGUGAGGUAAGCCACAAAAAGUUGUUCACUUGCCUGUGGCUUAUCCAACAAUUUUCCUGCACAGUUCCACCAAAGGUACCCACAAAAGAGCCAAAUCAAGCCUAUCCAAGAACAUACCUGCUGGACAUUUCUCAAAGGCCUUGGACAGGCACAGCUUGUCAGCCAGGAUCCUCCGCAAAAGUGCAGGCACCAAGAGGACUGGGCGUGGCCGGCCGGGCCUGCAGGGUCUGACUAAAGUGUAUGGCAUCAGGCUGACACAGCUUGUGUGGAGACUGACUCGAUGGUUCACUAGAGGAGAAACAGAAGGGCAAAGCUGUCAGAAAGGAAAAAGCUGGAGGAUGCCACCACUACCACUGCAUUUGCUGCUUGGCCUUUUGACCCAUCACUGUCUUUUUAGGGCACCAAAUUUGAAGGCAUUUAUCAAAUUGUCCCGUUUCACUUUUUCCAAGCAGUGGAAUCUGCCUCAUGGGUUCUUCAGUAUCCCCAUCUCAGGUAUAAAUGAGGGGGUUUGACUGAGUGGAUCCAGGGAGUGGUCAACGCAUCAUUGUGGGAGGGAGUAGUUCCAGCUGCCCUGAAAGAGGCGGUGAUCUGACCGCUUCUGAAAAAGCCCACCCCCUGGACCCAUUAGUCUGUGACAAUUAGCAACCGGUCGCAAAUGCCCCCUUCUUAGGGAAGGUGAUUGAGAGGGUUGUGGCACAGCAAUUGCAAGUACUCUUGGAUGAAACAUUAUCUUGACCUGUUCCAGUCUGUGUUCAGGCCUGGUUAUGGGACUGAAUUGGCCUUGGUCGCCCUGAUGGAUGACCUUUAUUGGGAGAAGGACAGGGGGAGUGCGACCCUGUUACUAUUACUUGAUCUCUCAGCGGCUUUUGAUACCAUUGACCAUAGUAUCCUUCUGGGCCGACUCAGUGAGAUAGGUAUCUCAGACACUGUUUUACAGUGGUUCUGAUCCUAUCUCCAAGGUUGUUUUCAGAGAAUAGCAUUGGGUGAUUGUCUUUCGGACUCCUAGCAGUUGUGCUGUGGGGUGCCUCAGGGUACCUUCUUGUCCCCCCAUGCUGUUUAACAUCUAUAUGAAGCCCUUGGAAGCAGUCAUCAGGAGAUUUGGGGCAAGGUGUCAGCAGUAAGCUGACGAUACCUAGCUCUGUUUCUCUGUAACAUCUGAAUCGGGAGAGGCCUGGCAAGCCCUGGAUCCCUGCCUGGACUUGGUGGUGGGCUGGAUAAGGGCCAAUAAACUCAGUCUGAAUCCUAGCAAGAUGGAGGCACUGUGGGUAGGUAGUUCCCGAGUUCGGAUAAUUGGUCAGUUGCCUGCUUUAGAUGGGGUCAUACUCUCUCUGAAAGAGCAGGUCAGUCUGGGAGUGCUCCUGGAUCCAUCUUUGUUGCUAGAGACCCAGGUGACCUCAGUGGCUAGGAGUGCCUUUUACCAGCUUCGGCCGUUUCUGGAACGGGAUAGUCUGACCACUCUUGUCCACGCACUGGUAACCUCCAUGCUGGAUUACUGUAAUGUGCUCUAUGUGGGGCUGCCCUUGAGGUAUGCUGCUGGUGCAAAAUGUGGUGGCGAGACUGCUCACUGAGGCAGGGUAUCACCAACAUGUCACUCCGCUGCUGAAAGAACUGCACUGGCUGCCCAUUUGCUGCCAGGCCAAGUUCAAGGUUCUAGUUUUGGUGUACAAAGCCCUAUACAGCUUUGGACCGGGAUACCUGAAAGACCAUCAUACCCCUUAUAUACCCAGUUGAUCACUGUGCUCUGCAGGUGAGGGCCUCCUGCAGAUACCAUCUUAUCAGGAGGUCCGUUCUGCACAACAUAGGAAACAGACCUUUCGUGUGGCGGCACCUACCCUGUGGAAUUCCCUCCCCUUAAAUAUUAGACAGGCACCAUCUCUGUUACCUUUUCGGUGCCUAUUGAAGACUUUCCUCUUUCAACAAGCCUUUUGAGACCUUAUCCCAGUCUGCGUCUGUGUUGGAAUUGCUUUUUAAUGUUUUUAACCUUUUUUUUUUCUUUUUUAAGAUGUCUUCAAAGCUUUUAAAAAAUG